AGGGGUGGGACAAAAUUGUGUAUUUAAAAUCUCCGUAGGCUUGAUAUUGCGCAUGAAUCAGGAACAGAGCAAAGUUAGGUUCCUGGGCAUUCUAAGUAGGAUACUUUAUCGAAAUGGAGAUAUUAGCUGUUUGAGAAGGUAUUUAAUUGUGUUAGUUAAGUUCUUUAUUAAAAGCAGAAGACUGACGUUUAGUAGCAUAUGUUUCAGGCUCAAGUUUCGUGUUUUCGGUUUAUCAGUGUAAGAUUUUAGCCCGAGAUACAGGGUCAUUGUGUUGCGCUUCAGACGAUACAAAUAUGUUCAACUUGGACGGACUAUAUCUCGGACAUAAGGAUCGCUAAUAUUUCGUCAGAUAUUUUGGAGUUUCAGUUUAGAAUCGUUUUUAUUGGAUGUGUGACAUAGUUUUAAGAGACCGAAAAGGUUGAGAGGAGCAGUCCGUGUAGUGACUGAUCAGCAUCGAAAGGGGAAAGGAUGUGGUGAGAUUUUAGGAUUGAACAUUUGGAACUAAAACCGUUCACUGAACUCAAAAGUUGACACACGAUUGAAGACGUAUCUCAUACAUGACUUUUGGGUGUCUUUUAAUACUUUAAAAUACACAUUUCGUUUUUAAUAUGGGACAAACGUGCUGCAUUUCCAUGGUACACCAUUUGGUUUCGGCGUGAAAAGCAAGAGGAAAGAGAGCUGCACGUAGAAGGGAAAAACAGAGAUGGGGGGUGCUGCAAUGCUCACAGUGCUGCUAUCUGGGAUGUGCCUGUGGACCUCCACCGCGCAUGCAGGCCCUGACGACAGCACCAACCUUCUGUGUACAUGUGAGAACAACAAGGGGACGUGUAGGAACGGCACCUGUAGAGGUGCCUACUGCUUCUACACCAAGGUGCAUGGCAGAGAGGAGAGGGGCUGCUUCCACAAGGACCACUACAAGGAGCAGUGUUCCACCAACUUCCUGGGACUGUAUGUCCUCUGCUGCUCCAACAACCUCUGUAAUUUCAACAGCUCUGCUCCACCAGACCCAGCAGCUGACCCUACGAGGGAGGGGAACGGUGUGAUUCUUCUGGUGGCUGUCCCCCUGCUGCUGCUGCUGAUCCUUACUGUGGGUGUGUGUGGCCUGGUGUCAUGGCUCUGCUCCAGAUCACAGCACCACAGGCUUGGCUACAACAAGGACCAUGACGUCACCAUGCUCAAGGUCCCCAGUGGGGCAGAUCCCACCUAUGGGGAUGUCUUUGAUGAGUUCUGUACCUCAGGCAGUGGGACUGGUCUGCCAUACCUGGUACAGAGGACCAUGGCACGACAGAUCUCUCUGGUCGAGUGCAUCGGUAAGGGCAGGUAUGGAGAGGUGUGGAGAGGCACCUGGAUGGGAGAGAGUGUUGCCGUGAAGAUCUUCUCCUCCAGGGAUGAGCAGUCUUGGUUCAGGGAGACAGAGAUUUACAACACUGUACAGCUCAGACAUGACAACAUCCUGGGCUUCAUAGCAUCUGACAUGACUUCUCAGAACUCCACUACUCAGCUGUGGCUGAUCACUCACUUCCACCAGCUGGGUAGUCUCUACGACUUCCUCCAGUACAGCAGCCUGGACCCAGAGGGCUGCCUAAGGAUGUGCCUGUCUGUAGCCUGUGGUCUGGUCCACCUUCACACAGAGAUACUCAGCUGCCAGGGUAAACCCGCCAUCGCCCACCGAGACCUGAAGAGCCGAAACAUCCUGGUCAAGAUGAACGGACAAUGCUGCAUCGCUGACCUGGGUCUGGCUGUGAUGCAUUCCCAGACCAGUGACUAUCUGGAUGUGGGGAACAACCCCAGAGUGGGAACCAAACGUUACAUGGCCCCGGAGGUCCUGGACGAGAGCAUCCGCAUGGACAUCUUUGAGUCGUACAAGCAGACAGACAUCUGGGCCCUGGGCCUAGUCCUCUGGGAGAUUUCCACAAGGACCAUAGUAAACGGGAUAGUGGAAGAGUACCGUCCGCCCUUCUUUGACAUGGUGCCCUCUGACCCCAGCUUUGAGGAGAUGAAGAAGGUGGUGUGUUUGGACAAGCAAAGACCCAGUAUGCACAACAGGCUGCACUCUCACCCGAUCCUGUCUUCCAUUACCAAGAUAAUGAAGACUGUUGGUUCCAGAUUUCUGGUGCCUAACAGCUUCCUAAAAGGCCCUCCACUGGACAGGACCAUCCGCUAUACUGAGAAACCAAAAUGGAUCUGCAGGCCUCAACUCCAGACUACAAGCAGGAGAGACCUUAACAUAAGACUACAACCAGCACACCAACAUUAG